AUGCUAAAAAUCUCCCUCCGUAAUCCAACCAAAGACCUUCACUCUUGUGUUUUCAUUUCAAGGGGGACAGGGGUUGCUGUGAGAAUAUCGAGUUUAAUGGAGGCGAAGGAUGAGGAGAAAACGGCUUCGACAAUAGCUGGAAUGAUGAAAGUGAUGCUUGGCGGUGAUGAAAGGAGGGCGAUAAGGAGAGGAUUGUCUGAUGUGAAAGAGCUAUGGGUUAUAAGUUGUCAUGGGAUUGCUGUUUAG